AUGAGAAAAUGCUUUGUUCCUUCUCAUUACUAUAGAGAGUUGUACAAUAAGCUACAAAGUUUGGUACAAGGGGGAAAGAGCGUAGAGGAGUAUUAUCAAGAGAUGGAGAUUGCUUUGAUUAGGGCCAAUAUAGAAGAGGAUAGGGAGGCUACUAUGGCUCGAUUUUUGCAUGGUCUUAACAAAGAUAUUGCUAAUCUUGUUGAAUUGCAGCAUUAUAUAGAGAUGGAGGACAUGCUACACAUGGCAAUCAAGAUAGAGCGGCAAUUGAAGCAAAAGAGCAAGAACUCCUCUUCAACAAAUUCUAAUUGGAAAGGUACAAAUUCUGCCCAAAAUAAAGGAAAGGAAGUGUCUAAAGAUAAUAAAGCCGAAACAAAGGGGGAUCAAAGCAAUAAAAGCCGAACUCAAGAAGGCAAGCCCAAAAAGAUCCAAUGCUUCAAAUGCCUAGGCUAUGGACAUAUCUCUUCUCAAUGUCUGAACAAACGCACUUUAGCAUUAAAAGGAGGCGAAUUGGUGUAUGCUAGUGAAGAAGAAAGUGGAGUUGAAAGUGAUGAAGACUCAAUGCCCGAAUUGGAAGAUUACUAUUUCGAUGAUGGAGCUAAGCAAGAGGGGCAUUCAGGUGAGCUUUGUGGAGUCAUCAUUAGAUCCUUGAACGUGCAACAAGGGCUGAUGAUGAAAGCCAAAGAGAGAACAUCUUUCAUACACGCUGAGUUUGAGGACAUGUUUCCCGACGAAAUUCCAAGUGGGUUACCACCCAUUCAUGGAAUUGAGCACCAAAUUGACUUUGUAUCCAGUUCUACCAUACCCAAUAGGCCGUCAUAUAAAGCAAAUCCCGAGAAAACCAAAGAACUACAAUGCCAAGUGGAAGAACUUCUUAAUAAAGGUUAUGUUAGGGAAAGUUUAAGUCCAUGUGCUGUUCCUGUUAUACUUGUUCCUAAGAAAGAUGGCAGGUUUGUGGUGGUCUAUCUUGAUGAUAUACUUAUUUAUAGCAGGUCUUAUGAUGAACAUGUAAAGCACGUGCAUUUAGUUCUUGAAACUUUAUGCAAAGAAGUUAUGUUUGCUAACCUCAAGAAGUGCGAUUUUUGCACAAACAAACUUGUUUUUCUUGGUUUUGUUGUUAGUGCAAAAGGAAUUGAGGUUGAUGAAGAAAAGGUGAAGGCAAUCAAAAAGUGGCCGAUUCCCACAAAUGCAAGUGAAGUUCGAAGUUUUCAUGGACUAGCAAGCUUCUAUAGGCGUUUUGUGAAAGAUUUCAGUACCAUUGCCGCACCAUUGAAUGAAUUAGUGAAGAAAGAUAUGAAGUUUAAUUGGGGAGAAGCACAACAAUCGGCGUUUGACUUGCUCAAACAAAAACUUACUUCUCCUAUUCUAUCUCUUCCUAAUUUUGAUAAAACUUUUGAGAUUGAUUGUGAUGCUUCCGAUAUAGGUAUUAGAGCUGUUCUAAUGCAAGAUGGAAAGCCAAUAGCCUAUUUUAGCGAAAAGUUGAAUGGAGCAAGCCUGAAGUAUCCAACUUAUGACAAGGAACUCUAUGCACUUGUUAGAGCUUUAGAAGAUGUUAUGCGAUUUUGUGCAAAUUGUAUUGUGUGCAAAUAUACUAAGUCUAAGCUUCAACCACAUGGUUUGUAUAUGCCUCUCCCUAUACCUAGUUCACCUUGGGUUGAUAUUUCUAUGGAUUUUGUACUUGGAUUACCUAGAACUAGGCAUGGGCAUGAUAGCAUAUUUAUUGUCGUUGAUAGGUUUUCAAAGAUGGCACAUUUUAUAGCUUGUAAGAAAACUAAUGAUGCACAACAUAUUGCUGACCUAUUCUUUAGAGAGGUAGUGCAUUUAUAUGGUAUGCCACGCACCAUAGUUAGUGAUAGGGAUGCUAAGUUUUUUAGCUACUUUUGGAAGACUUUAUGGGGUCUUGAUUCGAGGAAGAAUCCUUUCGAGGAGGGAGGGGAUGAUAAAAUCAAGGUUGAUCCUUCACCAAGCAAGCCACGAAUGGAUCCAUUGAAGUAUGAGGGUCCAAUCACACGAUCUAGAAGCAAGAGAUUCAAGACUGCCUUGUGUUCUUUCAUGGUCCACGUGAUAGACAAGAUGCAUUCAAGAAGCAAGAAGGUUUACAUCACUGAGGCUGUUUAG